UUCGUUGCCCCAUGGAGACGCCGCCGGGACGGUGUCUCGAAGCCGUCCAAAUCCUCCGGCUUUCUUUGGGCCAAGCCCAGCUUCUGAUCGGAUGGUGGCCCAUUUUUGAGCCGGGAUACUUGGAUGCCCCCAAAACAAGCUUUGAACUUCGACCUGCUGAACACGGCGGUGGCUUGCUGGGGUGUGACUCCCCUCGACCGAGGCCGGGUCGUGGCAGCCGGAACACAACAACAUGGAACCCGCGGUGACGUUGAAAGGCUCUGGAUGAUCGACGUGAGAGCAUUCGCCCUCAUGGCUCUUCUCGCUUGCGUCUUGGGCCGACCUUAUCAUUUUUGCUCCGCCGGCCUGUGAGCUGAGAUGUUCUCCAAGCGAAAGACGCGCAACGUCCAAGCCACUUGUCCCAACGUGCUGACCCCUGACACAAUCCCCUCCUUUUUGAUCCCACCCAACCUCGCCACCCUCCAAGGCCGCCGGGCAGCUGGGAACCCCAGGCUGGGUGAUGCAUCAGCCCGGCCGGUCAAAAACGAGGGCGCUGCGGUGCAGGAGGAGAGACCGCAGGCUGGGACGCGAUGCCCAGGCACUCCCGCCAUGAUCCAGCUCCCAACCCCGAUGGACUUGGGGUGCCUGCCCGAAAGCCCCAACACCUGGCGGCGGGAAUCGCUGUUCCAUAGCCAGCCCCCGCCCCACCGAGGGCAAGUUGGCUGCUUUUCCUCCCCACGGACAAGGCCCCUUUUGCAGCCCACUCCAGGCCUGGACAGCGACACUGCCUCUUCCACGGAAAAUUCCCCGUACAAUUCCCCCGUGCCCAUGCGUCCUCUCGAUGGGCUCCUGCCGGGCCACGGUUAUGGGCACCGGCGGCGUUUGGCCUGCCGUUCCCCGCACAACCUGCGUCCCAGCUCCUUCUCCACGGAGGACACCAGCUCCACGGACACCAGUCCCUGCUGCCUGCGCCGCGAGGCCGACCCUCCCUGGAUCUCGCCGGGUGCUUGGUCCCUGGCGCCGCUCUACUCCCUGGGCUUGAUCCGCUGCCGCCAGCGGCUGACCAAAGAGGUCACGUUGACGGUCAGCCAAGGCGGUCAGCUGCGUCUCUCCAGCGAGUACCUCCAGCCGCCGGGCAGCCUGCGGGUACGGCUGGUGAGCGCCGAAGGCUUCUACCCGCCGCAGGGCAGCCCUCGCCACCUCCACUGCUGCGUGGGCCUGCAGCUGCAUCCCGGCCCAAGUCAAAGGCAGCGCAGCGCCAUCAUCAAGAGGACACGCAACCCCAUCUUCAACGAGGACUUCUUCUUCGAGGGGGUGACCCCCGAGGAGCUUCCCCGGCGCAGCCUGAGGAUCAAAGUGCUGAACAAAUCCUGCAGCCUUCGGCGGGACGUCGUGUUGGGCGAGUGCGAUGUCCCACUGGAUUCUCUUCUGCCCUGAACCAGGAGGGGCGGUCCUUGGCAGAGAAGUGCCGGGGUUGGUAUAGAUGUCCUCACGGACGGCAGGAGGGGCAAUGACUGCCCUUCAAUGCCCCUCUCGGUAAAUUUACUCCUUCAUUUACUCCAA